CCUUUGCGCGGGUCCACUUGGGGCAAGUCCCUGGGUAGGUGAGAAAGUGGCUGGCUGCUUGCUUAUUAAAAAGUGGAGUUCAGCAGUCUUUGUUAAUGGAGCCACUGCCACGGAGGAACUCAGGGCGUAUUUCUGUCCCGUCAAGAGUGCUGGAGGCCGAACUUGAAAUACAAGUUUAAGGUUCCCUAGAGGACGAAAGAUCAGGAGCCGAGCUCCCGGCUCCCGGUAUCCCCGCCCAGUCUGCUGCAGGAGUGGCCAACCCCGACCCGGGUUAAAACUCCCGGGAAGUCUUCGCUGCUCCCACUCUGGGUUCCCUUCAAAGCUGGGAGUCGUAGUGGGCGGCUGGAUGUGUGCGCCCUCCGGUUCCCGGGAACUUAGGGGAGGCUGCUGAGCCCCGUCGCCCGCAGGGGACUUGUAUUCGCUUUCUGCACUCUCACCCCGAAGGGUUGAGAAGGGUUUCCACCAUGAUCUCCCGGGUCUUCAAGCUGCGCAUGUGGACCCCCGUGGGCGUCCUGACCUCGCUAACCUACUGCCUCCACCAGCGGCGGGUGGCCCUGGCCGAGCCUGGGGGCGCGGACGACCAGAAUCCUGUCGACCGAAGCCUGUUGGAGUUGAAAAUGGUGCAAGUCGUGUUUCGACACGGGGCACGGAGCCCUCUCAAGCCGCUCCCUCAGGAGGACCAGCAGGUAGAGUGGAAGCCCCAGCUAAUAGAGGUCCCACCCCAAACUCAGCUUGAUUACACAGUCACCAAUCUUGCUGGUGGCCCGAAACCACACUCUCCUUUCGACUCUCAGUACCGUGAGACCACGCUGAAGGGGGGCAUGUUUGCUGGACAGCUGACCAAGGUGGGCAUGGAGCAGAUGUUUGCCCUUGGGGAGAGGCUGAGGAAGAACUACGUGGAGGACAUCCCCUUUCUUUCGCCAGCCUUCAACCCACUGGAGGUCUUCAUCCGUUCCACUAACAUCUAUCGGAACCUGGAGUCUACCCGCUGUUUGCUGGCUGGACUUUUCCAGCGUCAAAAAGAAGGACCCAUCGUCAUCCACACUGACGAAGCAAGCUUGGAAGUCUUGUACCCCAACUACCAAUACUGCUGGAACCUGCAGAAAAGAACCAGAGGCCGGAGGCAGGCUGCUUCUUUGCAGCCAGGAAUCUCAGAGGAUUUGAAGAAAGUGAAGGAAGAAAUGGGCAUUGCCAGUAGUGAUAAAGUGGACUUCCUCGUCCUGCUGGACAACAUGGCUGCUGAGCAGGUGCACAACCUCCCGAGCUGCCCCACACUGAAGAGGUUUGCAUGGAUGAUUGAGCAGAGAGCUGUGGACACAGCCUCGUACAUCCUACAGUGGGAAGACAGGGAGAGCCUUCAGAUGGCAGUUGGCCCAUUCCUCCACAUCCUGGAGAGCAACCUACUGAAAGUCGUGGACCCUGCCACUCCGCCCAGCAAGACCAGGAAGCUGUACCUCUAUGCAGCUCACGAUGUGACCCUCAUGCCUCUGUUAAUUACCCUGGGAAUUUUUGACCACAAAUGGCCCCCAUUUGCUGUGGACCUGACCAUGGAACUCUACCAGCACCGGGAGUCUAAGGAGUGGUUUGUGCAGCUCUAUUACCAAGGGAAGGAGCAAGUGCCAAAAGGUUGCCCUGACCGGCUCUGUCCACUGGACAAGUUCUUGAAUACCAUGUCAGUUUAUACGUUAAGCCCAGAAAAAUACCACAUGCUCUGCUCUGAAGCACAAGUGAUGGGACUUGGAGAUGGAGAGUGAUUGAUUUGUACAACUCCAGCCACAGGACGAAGGAAGAGGGAGGCUAGCACAGAGCUGUGGGCAGGCUAUGCAGUAUGAAGAUCCAGACUUCCCAGAAUCACGCAUCAUAUCCUGUCCUGUCCUCCCUCUGCCACAGGGCAGACCUGAACUUGCUUAGGGCUGGAUUGUGCUUUGGAACUCCAGGGUCCCUCAUAAUUGCUUCGGGCUCUGAGGUGGGGCUUUGCAAAGGAAGCCUGAGUUCUUGUAUGUUUGAUGAAAUAACUGGAUUUUUUUCAUGCUUUAAAUAUGUGUGAGGCACUCAUUUCUGAACCUUCUCUUUAUCUUCUUUCUGUGAUCAUCUACUUACCCUCUUCCCCAGGCAGUGUUGGUUGCCAAGCACAACUAAACACUGGGCCAGAAAGUUAACAGUUGAAGUGUGGUUACCUACAGGCAGAAAACAGAUCCCGUCUGUUACAGUAACCCAGAUAAGGAGCCAUGUCAGAGGCUUUGUUAUUUAUCCAACCCUUAGAGUGUAUCUUCUUUUUAACUUAGUUUAUUAUUUAACUCCUUCCAAUAUAAAAUAUUGGGCCACAAACUGGUUUCUGUGCUCUAUAAACUGUUUGCUUUAAAUGUGUCAUUAAAAUUUUACCACCAAAUUAAGCUCCCUUGACUUUUCUUAAAUAUGUGUUUGUGACUUUGGAAAAUAUGAGUGGUCUGGGUUAGAGAAAAGAAAGUGGCAGUAGGCUCAAGUUAUUAAGCAGCAGAGGAAAUAUGAUCCAAUUUGAUGUUUUUUAAAGCAAGAGAGAUGAAUCUGUGAGUUUAAAGAUUUUGUAGAAUAAACAAGUUUUUGC